AAUGUAGGCCUAGAAUCUACGUGUUUACUAAAAGCGAUCCAGACUCAUCGUUCUAAAAGGGAUAUUGCAUUUGUUCAUAUCUACUAAAGAGAGGUUUCAUUGAUUGAUUCACGUGAAAAUGGAGGUUGGUCUACGGGUUGUCCGUGGACCCGACUGGAAAUAUGGCGAGCAAGAUGGCGGAGAGGGUCAUGUCGGCACUGUGGUCGAGUUGGGAGAAGACUCGACCUCUGUCCCAGACGACUGUGUGGUCGUGUUGUGGGACUCGGGGAUCAGGAAAACCUACAGGGCGGGGCAUGAGGGGUGCUUUGAUCUGCUGGUUCUAGACAACGGUAUCUGUGGUGUUAAGCAUGAAAAUAUUAGCUGUGACGGAUGCCAGAAGAGAGAGAUCGAGGGCGUCCGCUGGAAGUGUGGGGUCUGCUCCAACUUUGACCUAUGUACCACGUGCUACAUGGACGACAAGCAUGACGUCACGCAUACAUUCCUGAGAUUGUACGCCCCAUCGACCGAGAGCGUUGCAGUUGGUAAACGUGCGGACGUACGAGAAAAGAAAGCAGCCAUGGGCAUUUUUGUUGGAGCGACGGUGUGCAGGGGGUGUGACUGGAGAUGGGAUGACCAGGAUGGCGGUGCCGGUACCGAGGGUCUAGUGUUAGAGAUCGGAGACUGGGGUGAAGACUCCUACGGCAGCAAGGCCACUGUCCUGUGGCCGUCGCUGUCCAUCAAGAACUACAGAAUCGGACAUGACGGGGAUGUAGACCUCAGAUGUAUCAAGCCAUCAAAGGGUGGCAACUACUACAAGGAACAUCUAGCUGUGUUGGGUAAGAUGAAAGGUCGACUGAAGAAACGAGACGGAUCAGGUCUAGCAGCAGCCUUAGCUCUGGGUCUACUAGGUGAAAGUCUACUGAGCAGGCCUUUGCAGAGGAUGCUUGUCAUGCAUCAAAUGCUGGAAGCCUUUAAAGAGAUAGUAACAGGGAGCCCAGAAGACAUGCAUGUCGGUACCAGAGUCGUACGGGGACCAGACUGGAAAUGGAUGAACCAAGAUGGCGGCGUUGGUCACGUGGGUACCGUAGUCAAGGCAACACCAGAGCAGACGGUGACUGUCGUAUGGGACAGCGGGGACAGCAAUGUGUACAGGAUAGGGAAAGACAACAUGUUUGAUCUGCUCGUCUACGAUAACGCCCCUUGUGGCGUGGUGCACUCGACAGUCAAGUGUGACGAGUGUAAGACAGACGCCAUACGCGGCAUCCGUUGGAAGUGCUCAGAGUGUGAGAACUACGACCUCUGUCAUGUCUGCUAUAUGACUGACAAACACACAAGAUAUCACAAGUUCUACAGGAUAGACUGGCCGGAUGAUAAAAUGGUGCUGGUCCCCCCGCGGUCUGAGGGUGGGCGUGAGAGAGUUCAGUCACGUGGUAUCUUUAAGGGCGCCACGGUGUCACGCGGCAGGGAUUGGAACUACGGUGAUCAGGACGGUUCAGCGGGUAAGGAGGGCAAGGUGGUUGAGAUCCGGAACUGGGAAAACGAAAGCGGAAGAAGCGAAGCCCGAGUUUCCUGGUCGUUCUUUUCCAAAACCUGCUCCUACCGUGUGGGUCAUGAAGGUCAGGUUGACCUGAAAUACGUCACGCCCGGGCUGGGACUGGUCUAUUACAAAAACCAUCUGCCAGUGCUAGUACUCUCAAAUCCAGCCCUAUUCUUAUUUCUUAUUCUAAACUCUGAGUGCCCAAAUAUGAUCCCAGUGUGUAAACUAUGGCGCUCUCAAUCAAAGAUCUUGUUUUGA